GUUUUUAUUAGAUUGGCGCGUCUUUUUUUAGAGUUUGGCGACCGAUUUUAGUGCAAUAACGAACGGAGGUGUGCAGAGCACUUGCCCCGUGACCAUGGACAAGUUCCUGCUGCGCAAUCCCACGUGGAAGACGAAGACAUAUGGCUCGAUGGCGGCCAGCUCCGCCAAGUCGGCGGCGUCACCGAUCCGCCGACCGUUGCAGGAUUCGAAUCUGGGGGACGCCAGGCUCAAACCGUCGCCCCUGGCACCCAAAUCUCAAACCCAGGUCCCAGCAGAUGACCAGCUGGCCAAGGAUCGGCGGAUGCUCAACCCCGCUCUGGCCGUCUCCCAGGCCAUCAGCCAGCACCGCUCGGAGUUCCAGAGGGACCAGAACAGGGACGAGGCUGCCGGAUCGGGAGCAGCUCCUCCGACCGCAAUAGCCUGCUCCACGCCCCACCGCCAGGAGGGGCAGUGGGCGCGAUUGCAGCAAGAUCUCAACAGCCCCAAUGCUGCACUCCGUCUGCGCGCCAUUCGUGCCUUAAAGAGUCCCACAAAGUCGGCGUACAACACCUUCGAUGUGCCCCUUGCCGAACAGAGCAUCAUCACCAUGGAGGAACGCCAACCGAAGGAGCCGCCCACACUGCCCGAGUUGCUCAAGGACAUUGUUGUCUAUGUGGAGGUGCGAACCGGGAACGACAAUCGCUCCGAGGGCGUAAAAGCAAUCAUUGCCAAGAUGGGAGCCCAGGUCAAUGAUCGCUUCACGCGCAACACCACACAUGUGGUUUUCAAGGAUGGCCAGCUCUCAACAUAUAAAAAAGCCGCCGACUGGAAAAUACCAGUGGUUUCGAUUCUCUGGAUUGAGGCCUGCAAGGUGCAGCGCAAAAUCUGUGAUCCCAGCGAGUUUCCCAUCAGCAACAUACGCAUGUACGAGUAUCCAGAGCUCUUUGGCAAGAUGCCGCGCGUCAAGUUUAUGCAACCGGACUCGGAGCUAAAUCAGCGUCCAAGAAAACGCCAGGCAACGCCAACAUCCACCAAGGAUAAUGAACCAGGAUCGGUGAAUAAGCGAGCCCAGACAGGAACUCCAACCACAACACCAAAGAAUGACAUCAGCCGCUUCUUCAGAACCUUAAACCGUAACAAAGCUUCAGAUGAUGAGGUAAUCGACUCACCAGCCACCAAACUACUAAACAGGAUAAGCAAUGGCUGCUACACUCCCUUACCGGCCAUGGCUCCUUCUCAGCAGAAGGGAACCAAUGGCAGUGGAGAUGCUGUGGCCGAGGAAGUGCAGGCCCAAAAGCGUUUGCAAUUUGAAGAGCAGUCGGUCUGCAGUACACCCCCUCCGCAGCCGAAGGCAUCGAGCACGUCUAGACCCCGUCGGAGUACGGCGGAACCCGCUCCGGUGAUGACUCCUCCCGUGCGCACCAGUCGCCGUCGCAGCUGCGUGGCGGAAAUCAACAGUCCGGUCGCAAUGGAACCUAGAAUGACUCGCCGCAGGAGUUCGCUUCACAUAGGCGUGGUUACCACAUCUGUACAGGAAGCUUCACCGGCUCAAUCUACAGCCACGGAGCCCAGAAUGACGCGUCGCAGGAGCUCAUUGCUUGCGACUGCCAAGCAGGCAGAUGAAACGACCCAAAAGCAAGGCAUUCAAACCAUAAUCGAGGAGCUGGCUCCCAUUGAAGAGGACAGGAAUUCAGUAGUAAUGAAAGAGAACAAGGUAACCAACCAAACGGAUUGCGUGGAGCAGUCGAUAGAGAUUACCGCCGUGGAGGCGGAAGCUUCCUACACAGCGGAUAGGCGUGGCACUCUGUACGCCUCGGAAUGGAUGGACAUAAGUGCUGGCCGGCGGCGCAGCAUAGCCACAUCCAGCUCUGAGCUGCACGAGGAAACCGUUGGCCUGGCCAGGCGGCAAUCGCUUAGCAACGUUACCACGCAGACAUCCCACAUCCUGGGGGAGCCACUGACGCCGCUCUUCAGCUCCACUCGCCUACCCGGUGGUCAGUCUACAGGGAACCGCAGGCGCACUAUCUUCAACCUGGACAUGGAGGUGAUUAACGAAAGCAUCGAGAGACUCAACCAGUCGCAUCGCAGAUCUUUGGCCAUGGCCAAUGAGGCGGAGUUGGGCGAGUGUCGGCAAGUGUCGGAGCCGGAAAAGCCGCAGGAGGAGGCCACCCCAUCGCUAGUACCCAAAAGGCGGCGCCUUUUCAAUCCCAAUGACGAGGUGGUCAUAUCGCCACCGAAAAGCAAUCGAAAGAGUCGCCUCAGUAUCACUGGCUCCACGGGCUCCGUUCAGAAACGUCGUCGUUCGCUGGCAACUCCCGCGAAAAUCUCCUCUUCGGAGUUACCGGUUAAUGUACCCAAAACUGUUGGGAUAGAGGAGGAUGUUGUCCCUCCCAAGACCUCGACGAAUGCCGUUCCUGAAGCAGAUGUAGAUACCCAAUCGUAUGGCGAGGAAGCUGGCGACAGGCCAAAGGGCAAGCCACGUUCGCGGGUUCGCACACUCGUGCACACCAACAUGCACCAGGAGCAGAUUCAGGUCAUCCACAAGGCCCUGCGCAAGUUGCGCGGCAUGCGUCUGGAUCCGACCGUGACCCAGCGCACAACCCACCUGGUUAGCCUGGAGCCGCGCCGCACCCUGAAUCUCCUGCGCGGCCUGAUGCGCGGUGUCUGGAUCGUGAGCUACCAAUGGGUGUUGGCAUCGAUUCGUGCCGGCAAGUGGAUCGGCGAGGAGCCCUACGAGCUCACCCGCUUCUCGCGGGCCAUCGAGAUUUGCCGCACCGAACGCCAGGCCUUUGGCGUCCACUACCAGUGCGAGCUGUUCCGCUUCAUGGAACCCUUCUAUGUGUCCUCGCUCUGCCGACCCGUGCAGUUCAACAAUAUGAAGGAGCUGCUCCUGUUGGGCGGCGCCACUCUGACCGAGAACCGCUUCAAGGCCAAGUACGUGAUCGGGGACAAGAGGCGGGCCGAGGAUGAUCGCGUCUAUCUGGAUCCCUACUGGGUGCUGGACAGCAUCACCAACAUGCAGAUCCAGCGGUUCGGCAAAUACCUGAUGAAGAGCGCCAUCGUCUCGGCCGAGGGCAUACGGUACGAGGAUCCCAGGGAGCGCGAUGAGGAGGCCCCAACUCAAACCCAUAGACGUCAUCACGACUACAUCGAUCCACCACUGGUGCUGGACAAGUAGAGAUCGGCGGGUGCAACCCACGUUAUUCUGUCACAAAGGUCAUAUUUUAAAGCAUCAACAUUUCUCGUUCAAAACUUUUUAAAUAAGCCCAUGUAAAUA